AUGACAGACCUAGAGACCCAAGUUUUAUUAUUUCAACGUAGCGGCAAAACAGUUGUCCAGCAUUUCGAGGAUAUUAUAAAGGAGUUCGGACCUUUAGUUAACAAUCAGUCAAAUAACCCAGAAAAUUCCAAAUAUGUUGUACAGUUGCAUAUGACGACUUGGCCAGACUUUGAUGUACCAAAUCUAAGUGAAUUUCAAACAUUUAUGAAAGAUUACCGUGAAUUAAAGUGUGCAGAAUCACAUCGAUAUUCUCCAACUCUUGUGCAUUGCACGGCUGGUGUUGGUAGAACUGGUACGUUUAUUGUUGCUGAUUUAUUACAAAUCUAUAAAGAAUUCAAUUGUGUUUAUUAUGAUAUACCUGGUAUCAUUUUACAAAUGAGACGAUGUCGUCCAUCGAUGGUACAAAAAGUUGCGCAAUAUAUAUUUCUUCACCAGUUUGCUAAUACAUUAUUUCAAUAAUAUUAGUUUUUUUCUGAAAAUAUCAACAACUUUGAAAUUUUAUGUUUACUUCAAAUGAAACUUAUCAUGUGAUCUCAAAAAUUUCCGAUAUUAUCUUAUACGUAGUUUGAAGUCAUCGGUCCAACGCCCUGGAGUUAGUUUCUGUGAUAUUUGACUCAAAUUAGUCAGGUGUAUCUGAAGACACUAAUACUAUUAGUAGAAUUCAGACUAGUGCUAACCGGUGUCAAAGACGUUACAAGUGAGUUAUCCGGGCCAUAACAAACCGUUUUAGUACAGGAAUAGUUGAACCAACUGACCAUUAAAUAAUAACCCGAUAUCAUGUUGUGCAGUACUUAUGGUUGCAUUCUAACAAUAUCGGGGGAAAAAGUCUUUUAUAACUAUUUUGUCAAUACUGCACUGGAAUACUCUAAAAGUAAUAAAAGUUAUCCAUAGCUAGAGCAUUGAUAGUUUUGUAAAAAUACCUACAAAUAAACCAAUUGAAACUUUUUCAGUCAACAGAACUACGAUCUCAAAAGUGCCAAGUUUACAUUUUCUGAAAUGCUCGUUUGCUUUUUUCUGAACAAACAAUUAUGUGCGUUGUUACCACCGAUCAAAUGUUAUUUUCCCUUGUGAAAUAAAUGGUGCUACUUUGUCAUACAAAACCUGGAAAAAAUUGCCGUCAGCAUUCCAUUCAACUGAACGGUAUAUUUUCCUUAUUUUUUAAACUGUACUCUAUUUAGUGUCGCUUUUAAAUAAAAUGUCAAUAUUUUCACCUUUAACAUUUUAUGAUUUUAGCAAUAAUUCGUG